AUGUAUAAAAAUCUAGCUACUGUGUUUGGCAUACCAGCUCAAUUCCAGCACUUUUGGGUUUUUGCACGGCAGAAAAACCUGACCUUUCAUCCAUCUCGGCCAUUGACAUGCAUCGAGGAAUCAGGAUAUAUUGGACAGUUGAUAGCGAGAAUCAGUGGAGAAUUUAAAUUUGAAUACGAAGCCGAAAUUAUCACUGUUUCUGGAAGUGGAACGUGGGCUGAGCUUUGUCGAGUAUCUUGUGGAAGUAAAACUUCAAAUCUUUCACUUCACCAAGAAAAUUUUUGGUUGCUACAUGUUGGUCUUUAUAGAAAAUCCACAAGAGUGGUUUAA